AUGCAGCCUCCGGUAUCAGGGCAUGACGCCCGCUACUUCGCUGACGAAGAGCAACGUGGUGAAUACGAAAUACGAAGUGUAAUCGAGGCAGACUUGAACUAUAUUCUCAAUGAUUGCCGAGCAGUUGAUCAGGCUAUUGAUGAAAUAGAGGUCAAACUAGAGCACCUAAGAGAUCUACAAUCUCAAUAUCUCGCCGAGAUAAACAUCAAUAAACAAUCCCUUUUACGGAUUGACGUCGAUCAGACACGAAACGGCGUGUUCACCACAUACCAAGGCCUCAUUUCUAGGGUCAAGAAUAUUAAGUCUCAACCAGAAUCCGGUAAUCUUCGAACUGCCCCUCAGGUCGGUAAGGUUAACCGAAGACUUAAGAGUACCUUUCAAAAAUAUCAGCAAGUGGAACGGAUUUUCCGUCAAGAGUCUGAAAAGCAGAUAGCUCGACAAUACCUUAUCGUUCGCCCAGAUGCUUCGGACUCCGACGUCCGUGAAGCUAUUGAAAAUAAUGUCAAGAUUUUUAGCUCUGCCUUAAUGCAGAGUGACCGUCGUGGUGAAGUAAAUAUCGUUGCUGAGGAAGUUUCUCGACGACACGACGGUAUUCGGAAGAUUGAAGAACAGAUACAAGAACUUGUUCAACUCUUCCAGGAUCUCGAGACAUUAGUGGCGGAACAAGAACAUGCAGUUACACAAAUCGAGCAAAGAGAAGACGAAAUUGUCAGGAAUAUUGCUGAAGGGAAUACCGAGCUAGCAGGUGCGGUUGAAAAGGCCCGAGCAACGCGGAGAAAGAAGUGGUGGUGUUUAGGUGUUGGUGUCACCAUUAUUAUCAUCGUCGUCGUCGUCAUCGUCGUCGUGUUACUGGUUAUUAAGCCUGGGGAUAGAGCUAAGGCGUCAACAACUAGCUAA